GUAUGAGCCACCUAUGACUCCACGUGAGACGAACAGGCCAGUUAGUGUCUCCGUGCACAGCAUACACGCGCUAUCACGUGAGCACGUGUCACCGAACGUCACCACAAGCAACGCCAUAGGUUCGACGGCCUGGGUUCUCGACAAGCCACCUAGGCAGGCAGGACAUUUUCACUGUGCGCCGACAAGUUCAUUCCCGCCGGUCACUGAGCCAAGUAGAAUCGAGCUGUUUACCAUGGCCACCAUGCCGGACAAGCCAGGCGGCGAUGCCGAUGACGACGAAAGACUGCGAUAUGCCAUCGCGUUGUCACUGCAGGACCAAACCGAGUUGUCGCCGCCAAGUCAACCGACAAAGCCGCGGCCUACUGCGGCGAAGGAUGACCCCUUCAAUCUAACAGCCUUGGACCGUAAGACGAUGGAAGCAGAACGGCUCGCCCGACUGGGCGCCAAACGUCGACAGGCUGUGGCUAGCGAGGACGACGACGUCAUCCAAGUGCCUCCGCCAAAGAAGCAGAAGACACAAAAUAUCGGCACGGAGACACGCGAAUCGCCAAAUACGGUCAAUCAUCUACCGCCAGUGCCGUAUCCGGACGGAACUGUGAAGCGAACGUGGGCACGUGGCUACCCACGAACCAACGAGGACAUCAAGAUUGAAGAGGUGCUGCAGAAGGACCAGCUGAUGCUGGCCAUGUUGUCGUCUUUUCAAUGGGACGAGGGCUGGCUGCUCUCCAAGUUGGACAUGAGCAGGACCAAGCUCCUUCUGGCGGCUUUCGCUGCAGACGAGCAGCAGGCAUGUCAUACAAAAGUUCCGCAGCGUCCGAGACAGGCACUCUGACAUCCAGCUUCACAGAAAGGAGAGAUGCGUGCGAAUGCACCACCUGGUGUUAGGUUCUGCUUUCCGCCAAUGAAUGGCCCAGGCUCCAUGCACUCCAAGUUGCAACUGCUCAAGUAUAAAGACUACUUACGUCUUGUCGUUCCCACCGGCAACCUCGUGCCAUACGACUGGGGCGAGAGUGGCGUAAUGGAGAACGUAGGAACUCCCUGGACGUUCACUCACACGGCGUUGAUGAACCAGCUGAUAAACCCGGCAGAUGGUCUUCAUCAUAGACUUACCGCGUCUAGACAAAGCCGCGAAUCACUCGCCAACAGAUUUCAGUCUUCAACUAAAACACUUCCUUCAAGCUAUGGAAGUUGACAAUAAGAUGAUUGACAGUCUGUCAAACUUCGAUUUUUCAAGAACAGCCCGUCUGGGCUUUGUCAACAGCAGACCGGGCGGUCAUACCGAUGAAGCCAUCAACGGUGCUGGACACUGUGGUCUUGCGGCUACAAUCUCCAGGCUCGGGCUGGCGACAAAAGGGCAAGUCCAAGUCGACAUGAUAUGUGCAUCCCUUGGAUCGAUCAAGACUGAAUUGGUCGAGGCCAUGUAUAAUGCUUGUCGAGGCGACGACGGAGUGAAGUCAUACAGCGCGAGAGCCGGUCGCAAGCUUAGCGACAAGCGGUUAAACCCGUCACGGGAACUCAAGGAUUGCUUUCGCAUCUAUUUUCCAACAAGCAAAACGAUAUCUGACAGCAGGGGUGGCAAAGGGGCUGCGGGAACAAUUUGCCUUCAGCGGAAGUGGUGGCAUUCUCCCGGCUUUCCGAGAGAGCUUGUCCGCGACUGUGUCAACACGCGGGACGGACUCCUCAUGCACAGCAAGGUCAUUUUCGUGCGCAGGGAAGAUGAAGAAGCAGAGGGAAGCUCUGAUGGGGGAUCCAACCCAAACACCGGGCCCGCCUGGGCAUACGUGGGAAGUGCCAACCUGUCAGAAAGCGCCUGGGGUCGCGUGGUGAAGGAUAGGAAGUCAGGCAAGGCUAAACUGAAUAUUCGAAACUGGGAAUGCGGUAUUGUGAUCCCGGUUCAGGGGCUCCAUACCCAAGAGGCUAGCAAAGGCGGCUCGGCGGCCGACCUGAGCGUCUUCAAAGACGUCGUGCCGGUUCCGAUGCGGGUGCCUGGUCGCGUCUACGGUCUGGGCGAUGAGCCCUGGUUUUUCGACGCCGCCGGAUGAUAAGGCGCACGAGUAAGUACGAUUUGGCGACCAAGGGUGGUGAAACUGGAAUUGCCUGAUGGGCAGCAACGGACUCACACCACAUGCCGCACGAGAGCACCCCCUGAUUCUUUGGACCCCUAAAGAUCGGGGCCGGGGGGAGCAGAGAGCCGAAAGCCUCUCUAAGGGUUCAUGGGCUAAUAUAUUGGCGGACAGGCAGGUCACUCCCCCUGCCUGAUGGUUCUUAUUGUGCCAAGCACUUCGUACCUGCAUGGACAGUGGCCGCUAGGUGGGUCGAGUUGAAGCAGCUUGCACCACGGACGAAGCAUCACGGGGUAGAGUAGGCAAGGAGAGGGGGG